AAAGGCAGUACAGUUCUCCCAAUAACGCCAUAGAGUGCUUAAUGACAGAUAUGUGAAUAAUUCUUUUAAUCCUUCUUUAUCAACUGAAAAUUUUACCACUCAGCUGAAAAACUGGUGGGUGGCACAUACCCCUACAUCCCAGUAUACUUUUGUUCAACUUUACUGCUUCUGAAUGUUUUUAUUGUCCUCCCCUUUUCAGACAUCACUCGUAACAACAAGUACAAAAAAAUAACAAUAUAACGACGUUCCCUUUUGGAAUAAAAACUAUAUGUUUAACCCAGGUGAGCAAAAUCAGUGAUGCCAAUUAAGGUAAAGACUCUUUAAAUUCAUGUUGACAAUAUAAUUUGUGAUGUUCUGGAAGUCCUAGAUGCCAUACUCUUUGAACUUUUCUUGACUGUUUCAUUCAGUUAGUUCUGCAAUUGAAGAACUAAAAAAACGCGGAAAAAAAUCCCUGCUUACAUGCUAAUUUUGAUGUGAUGCUUUCCCAAGGACGGGUUUUAGCAGCAAGGAUUGUUCUGAUUAUGAAGCAUGAAAAAUAUGGGUAUUGCUCUAUCUCAGUAUUCAGUUCUUAAAAUAAUUACGAUAAAUAAGUAAAUCUUUGCAUCAUUUUGUUUCUACUGACUACCAACAGAUGAUUUUCACCGAAUGGAAGCAAAAUUCACCGAAAACACGAAAAUAUUGGGGGUUGUGCACCCCCACACCCUAGUAAAUCUAACCCAAUGCUUUUCAGGCAUUGCUUCGUGAAUUUAUUUUGGUUUUUAAUGGAAAAAAUUGUCUUGAAUACGAAAAUAACAGUUUAGAGAAAUUAUCAAGCAGAUAUAUUUUGAGAAUUAUAGGACACCCCUUGUGCUCUUUGUCACAAUUUCAAAAUUGGGAUAAAGGUGAGUCAUCUGGUUCGAAAGUACGCGGAAAGUGAUCUGUUCCUAAGGACGUUGCGUUGGCGCUGUAAUGAAAGACCAGCCCUAAUAACAACUUAUAGGUAGAUAAAGUCGAUAAACUUUUGCCUGAAGAUGGGCUGUAUGUUAAGUAUUUGUGCUGCCCAAGCUGCUUGUUGCUGCUGUGGGGCAGCGUGCAACCUUUGCUGUGCCUGUUGUCCAUCAGCACCAAGUUCUCUAAUGACAAGACUUAUGUACUCGUUCUUUCUCAUACUGGGAAUCAUAGCUUCUGGAAUUCUACUUUCUCCAAGUGUUGCUGAUACACUAAAAGAGAAGGUGCCUUUUUACUCCAGUGCCUGUGACAAAAUUGGUGCUGGAAAUGAUUGUGAACAUAUGUUUGGCUAUGGCGCAGUGUAUAGAGUAUCAUUUGGAUAUGCUGCCAUGUUUGUGAUAUUGAUGAUUAUCAUGUUUGGUGUGAAAGAUUCUAAAGAUUGUAGAGCAAGUCUCCAAAAUGGAUUCUGGUGUUUCAAAUUUCUUGCAUUAAUUGGUCUUAUUGUGGCUGCAUUCUUCAUCAAGCAUGAAAAGUUUAAUGAAGUGUGGAUGUACAUUGGAAUGAUUGGUGGCUUGCUCUUUAUAUUAUUUCAAAUUAUUUACUUGGUUGAUUUUGCACACAGUUGGAAUGAGAGCUGGACAAAAAAGGCUGAAGAGAAUAGCUUUUGGUAUACAGCGUUGUUUAUAUUCAUGCUGAUUUUCUAUGCCGCAACACUGGGUGGGAUCAUUGUUAUGUAUGUCAUGUUUACCGAGAGUUCGUCGUGCAAUUUAAACAAAGCCUUCAUCAGCCUGACUCUGGUGCUUUCCGUUGUUAUAUCCGUGUUAUCAAUUCUUCCAAAAGUGCAGGAAAAAUGUCCAAGAUCAGGAUUGCUUCAAGCUUCACUUGUUUCCAUGUUUGCUGUGUACUUGACAUUUUCUGCAGUUUCAAGGGAACCGCUCAAGAAAGAAAACGAUGGUUCCACGUUGCUAUGUGGACAAGGACUCUCAACUGUACACAAAGCAAACAAUGCGAUGACGUCCGUUGGCAUAAUUAUCGCUGUUAUCACAAUUAUGUAUGCAAGUGCAAAAGGAGCCAGUAGUCCUGAUGAGAGCUCGGCAGGAAUUGGGCAUGAAGAAGAUCAGAAACCUGUCCAGAAGGUUGUCGAUGAUGAAGAAAGUGGCGUAAAGUAUAGCUACAGCUUGUUCCACUUUGUCUACUUUCUUGGUGUUCUGUAUAUCAUGAUGACAUUGACGAACUGGUUCAAGCCAACUGAGAGUGGCGAUCUCUUAAGUUUUAAACCAAGCUGGCUGAAUGUUUGGAUUCAGAUAGUUUCUGCCUGGCUCUGCUUCGUUUUCUAUAUCUGGACUUUAAUCGCACCAUUUGCUUGCCCAAACAGAGACUUUAGCGGUGGCUCUAUGGGAGUUUGAAUGGUUUGGACAUAAACAGCAACGCGAAUUGAACUUAUUGUAACAAUUCAACUUUAAAACGUUUCGUUUGUCCAUACGUGCUACCCUGUACCUCAAACGCAUCAUUAAUUACUUUUCAUCUCGAUUUUAUAUUUAUAUACCUGACAAGGUGAUCGAAUGGAGUACUAGGCCUGUAUUUUUAAGCAGUCAAUUGUAAAGAAAGACUAAACCAGUGCUGCGAACUGAACAUAAAAAUUUCUAUUGUCAAUUCCCCUCUGUAAAUAAAGAGCAUUAAUCGACGCUUUAAGGAGUUUGCUUUUUUUAUUUGCAAGGACGACCUUCUAAUUUAUGACAUGAGUGUAAAGCGAAGGAAACUGAAUUGAUUUUAUGAGAGUACUUUGAACCCACGGCGGCUGAUUUAAAUUCGUAUUGAAACUGCAAUGUUUACUAUAGAUUGCUACUUGAAAACAAUUAGGAGGAAUUCCCAUUCAAUCCAGUGCAAUCAAGGACAUUUUAUCGUCGCAUUGUGAGCACAAACUGUUUCUACUUCUAACAUGCCUGCAAAAUGGAACGUUUUUACCAUAUUUCGCAUCUUAAACUGUAAAUAAGCAUCACUUUUUGGAUAUAUGAUCAAGAGCAGAUGGAAAACAUUAAUUUAGGCCUUUUGCAAUGCCUGUGUAUCACUUGCUUCAGUUCUACAUGCACUAAAAAGAAAGGUACGGAAAUGGCUUGCGAAGAUGUACUAUCAGGUAUGCAACAGUUUUAAAGGUAAUUGGUGAUAUAGUUUUUAGUAGCGAUUUCAUUGAUAAAUCGUAUUCCCUGUAAUGUAGGUCCGUUAAUUUUUAUGAUAAAAAUUGUGAUUUUAUUUCAUUUUUUCCAAUUAUCGUUAUAAUUCUAAUGAUAAUAAAAAAGUUCGUUUGAAUGAAAGCAGUUCUUGAGUCUGAACUGCUUUCCUAGGGAACGUCAUAAUCUAAAAAUACUUUAAUUAGUUUACGGAAAUUACCUUUGCAUUUAAACACAUACAAUUAAAUAUCCUAUAAUAUAAUAACUAUGAAAUCAAAAGCCCAUUACGAUAUAGUCAUAACUAAAAUGUUUGGGGGAUAAAUUGCUAGAGUACGGCUAAGCCUCUUUAUUGGGCUGUUCCAGGAUCUUGCACCCCUGUAGGAUUAGCAGUUGUUAUUUUUGAGGCUAAAUUAAUAUUCAUUUGUGAGAUUCUUGGAACUCUUUCUUGUCAAAAGGAAGCUUCAUGAAUAUAGGCUUCUCUUCUUAUCGUUAAAUCGUUGUUUUCUAUUUCUAAUCCUGUCAUGCCAGUUAUUUAAGCCAUUCACUGCAUUUUUCGAUGGUCUGUUCAAUUUUCUUUUAUUUUUCACAUAAUUUUUUGUUCCUUCGACCGUUAAUUAAUUUUUUAUUGAUUGAUAAACAAACGUU